GAACCAUCGUGAAAGCCUUCGCCUCGGAGAAGAACGCCUUUCUCUUCCUCCUUCGACGGCGUCGAUCGGAUCCGAUCAAAACCCUAUUUGCCGAUAGAUUCGACGUCGCCGGCGUGAUUCAUUGUCCAGCCCCUGGUCUCUGAUGCUUAAUAGCUUUUUGCUGAAAAUGUCACUUUCCAGUUUAGUGGUUUGAGAAUUCUGUAAUUUAUGAUGUUCCUCACAAUCACAUGGCAUCAGCAAUAUUCUCCUAUUUGCAAAAUCUCUGGCCAUUUUCGAUAUUUAAAGCUGAUGAUUUGAGAAUUUCAGCCCAACUAGUUUGCAAGCUUUCGAUCCCAGAUAAAACAAAGCAGUUUGUUUUUGCUCUCCGUGAACCAGACUCUGACUCGAUAGUGUAUAUAUUAGCUGCUCAGAACCUAUCACUGCAAUCUGCCUUGGAUGCAGAGUAUCUGAUCAAAGAAGUUCAGCCGAAAGUUGUGGUUGCUCAGAUUUCUCCGUCAGUAUUGGCUGAUAUCCGAACAGAGGAGAAGUGCUUAAAAAAUGAUCGAGUAGACAAUGUGCCAACUUCAUCAUUUGGGGUGCUUAAAAGAUGUUUCAUAGAAAAAAUCAACAAAGAUCAUUAUGAAAGUUUUGCUGGGUGUCAGGUCUUACAAGAGAUAUUUGGAGUUGGGUUUUAUGGCCAUUUCUUGGCUGCAAAGAGAGCUGCAGAAGACACAGAUUCACAUUUUAUAUUACUUGAGUCACCAUAUGACAAAGGAUAUGCUGGAACUAAUCAAGACAAUGAUAAAGAUGGAGGUCAGGGCUCAGGGUUGCACAUACAAACAAGUGGCUUGCUUCCUGGAAAAGUUACUUCAGCUCUCUGCUCAAGUUCGAAAAGAAUCUGUGUAGAUGACACACUUAAGUCAGAGAUGAUUAAGUCAGUGAUUCCAUUUCUUGAUCUAAUAAUCUCAAAAGAAGUUCAACCUGACCCAAAAUCCAAAGUGGUACCUGUAAAAGAUGAGCCAAAUUUUAAUUAUAAAGUGCCUCUGUUUGCACAAUCUUUUUAUCCUUUACUCACAGAUCUACAUGACAUAUUCAUUGAACUUCCAUCAAUCGGAAAAGCUCUGGUUUCUGUUCAGAGAAUGCUUGCUGAUAUCAACGAUGGAAAGCCAGUUAAUACUCAAACUUUAUCCAGUGUAUAUAUUUUCAGGAUUGCAGUCGAGGGUUUAAGGAUAGCUUUAAACAAUUCUGCCCGUUUUCCGAUGGAAAGAACAAAAAAAAGCAACUCAACAGAAAUAGAGUUUUUUGAGCUCCCUUCUGAAGAGAAAUCCCAUGUUCUUUUUGUGCAAGCUCUUAGGAGCCAAGCAAAGAAGUUUGGAUCUGUGGUGGCCAUAGUUGAUGCGGGUUGCUUGGCUGGUCUCAGGAGGCACUGGAAUACAUCUGUACCCCUCAAUGUUGCAGAGUCAACUGAUACAUGUUUUACGAAAUAUCAUGAUGAUGAUCCUGAUGCAAAUGAUGAAAAGGUAGUUGAGAACAUGAAAAGAAAGGGCCUUUUAGCAGAAAGGCCUGUGGUAACAAUUGGCGCAGGAGCUACAGCAGUUCUUGGUGCAUCAUCACUAUCAAAAGUUGUUCCUGCAUCUACAAUUGUUAAGCUUGCAACAUACAAAAUUCCUGCUAUUUUGAAACUCAGCUUGGCACAGUUGCAAAGGACAGCUACUAUUGGACUUGGUAAUAUCCUUGGCUCAUCACAUUUUCUUACACAUGGGCUUACAAGUGCUGGAGCCAAGACCUCCACCUUGAAGUUCACAGCAUCAGCUGAAAAAAUUCGUGCUAUGACACACACUAUGAUAGCAUCAGCUGAGAGAACAAGCUUGUUGGCUAUGAGGACAUCAUUCUACGAGAUUAUGAGGAGGAGGGGUGUCCGGCCAGUGAGGUUUGCGUCAUUGGCUACCUUCGGUAGCAGCAUGGUUGCUUGCUCUGCACUUCUGGCUUAUGGAGAUGGGAUUGAGUGUGCUGCUGAGGCAUUGCCCUCUAUUCCGAUGAUUGCGUCAUUGGGUCGUGGGCUUCAGAGUUUGCACCAAGCAUCCCAGGCAGUGAGAGAGGCAUGGUACUAAGAUACGGGAAGCUUUCCAGUCUCUGAUGUACAAUUUGAGAAAAUGAGAGCACAGAAAAGAAGGAUUGAUAUCUCUUGGUUACCUGUGGCCACUGUUUUAGAUCUUUCAAAUAACUGCAGCUUUUAUAUUGCCCUGUGCCAUGUCUUCAGUUGUGGUUAGCCCCAUCGCAAAGAAACUGCAGAUUGAGAUUUUAGGCACCUAGCUGCUUAUGGAAUUCCGGACAGCACAUUUUGUUCUGUAGCAAUCCAAUUUAUUUACAUUUGGGUAACUGAUCUUUCGGGCCUCAUCACAUGCUAGAGAUUGGAAUGGAAAAGCUUGGAUUUAUAUCCGCUUGUAUAUAGUUUUUUUUUUCCUUCUUAGUUUCUUGGAUUUCUUUUUUUUGUGUUGUUGCUUUAAGAUUGUCGUGUGGCUGUUUGACAUGGAAAAAUGAUCUUAGAAUUGCAUUGACAUCUAAUAAAUACAUUACUAUUUUCUAA